AUGCCAGAAACUAUUAGUCCUCGUUUUGGUGCGACAUAUCUUAUUCAGCGAACAAAAUCAGCAGCACCUACAUUUCGCUAUAAAUCGACUGCACCUACUUCACCACCAAAGACUCCAAGAGAGCCAACGGUUGUAUUAAAUAUUGACAAGAAUUGCCCAGUGCACGGCUCUCAAGAAUUACUUCAUCGUAAUGGCCACUACAUUGAACAAAUUGGUGAUAAUAACGCAAAUAAUAAUGAUACUGUCUCAUCAAAAAUAAGACCAUUUACGAAUAAUCCAGCAUUGCCUCACACACAACGCGACAUUGUUGGUAAUAAUCUAUCUUUUAAUUCACAAUCACAAGCCCAUGGUUGGAACAAUAUCGACAAUGAACAGCUAGGUCCUUUGGCGGUGUAUCGAGAUGCUCUCAAACAAAAUCUGACAUCAUCUGCUAGAAUGAAUUCCAGCACUGUUCCAAAAAUGCAUUUUGGUCGAAGCGGUGGUCAUUGGCCUCAUAUCAAAGCAACAAAUACACAUUCAGCAGCAAAUCUUAUGUUUAUUGAUGGUACAAUAGGAUCGGAUAAUAGUUUCAAAUACGCAAUGCCACGUUUUGGUUGUACUCCAUUGAGUCGACAAAAUUCGUUUGCGUCGCCAUCAAAUCAAGAUCUACCAAAUAAAACACCAAAUAUAACAGCAGCAUCAUUAGAUUCUAUGACCUGGUCGGCAACGGAACAGCUUAAUCAUCGACCAAGUUUAUCACAAUAUUCAAAUCGUUAUGAACGUCAUGCAAAAGACGGUUUUUCUUAUUGGCCAACAGAUAUAAAUUAUAAAAAACCACGAUUAUAUACAGCUACGAAUAGUUACAAUAAUAAUAAUCAUGAGGUAAACCAGGAACUACUGGGACAUACAAACGAUGGCUUGGUUUAA